AUGACAUCAUCCAUUGACUCAAGCACCAUUUUCCGUGUCGAUGGUUUGGUGGCCGUCAUUACUGGCGGGGGCAGUGGCAUUGGCUUAACCAUGGCACGAGCCCUCGCAUUCAACGGAGCACGAAAAGUGUAUAUCCUAGGCCGGCGUCUGGAGGUGCUGCAGAAGGCAGCCGAGGAGCACCCCAGCCUGAUCCCGCAGCAGUGCGACGUAACAUCGAAAGAAGAUCUGCAAUCUGCCGUAGACCGCAUCACGGCCGAGGUAGGUUAUGUGAACCUCGUCGUCGCCAAUUCCGGCAGCAUCGGGCCUCUAGCACGCUACAACCCAGCCGCCUCUCUUUCAGAGCUGCGUCAGACCCUAUUCACCGAUUUCUCUAUGGAUGAGAUGAACGACACCCUCAAUCUCAAUAUCACGGCCGCCUUUUUCACUAUGACGGCAUUCCUUGAGCUUCUCGACGCCGGCAACAGGAACGCGCUGCAAGGCGGCUUUGGAAAGCCCAUCACAGAGGGCAGCGGCGUCCCGUCGAUCCAGAGCCAGGUUAUCUUCACUAGCAGUAUCUCAGCCUUCAGUCGGCAUCAUUCAUCGUCGCCCCCGUAUUUGGCCAGUAAGGCAGCCAUCAUGCAGGUGGCUAAACACGCUAGCACCCAGUUGGCUCGGUUUGGGAUUCGGGUGAAUGCUCUCGCGCCGGGAGUCUAUCCGUCCCAACUGGCUUCCGUCCUGACCCAAGACCGCAAGCCGGAAGAGGAGACUCUCGAUGAUCCGAGGUUCAUCCCCGCCAGGAGGUUCGGCGGUGAUGAGGAAAUGGCGGGUGCAAUUCUGUACCUUGCUAGUCGGGCGGGUAGUUUUACGAAUGGCUCUGUUCAUGUCACUGAUGGUGGUCGGCUGUCAGUUGUGACUGGGUCUUACUAG